UCAACAUCAACAAGCUGUAUGAGGCAUCUGUGAAGAAGAAGAGAGGAUUUAGCGAGGACACCGAGGGGGUUCCUUACGUUUCCCCCCUCCUCUGCUUUCUGAUUUCAAGAUCUGAGGCGUGGAGCUUGCAAGAAUAUCCUACAAGUGGUGAAGCGAUGGUUUAGCGAAGCAAUUUGGCAGAUUUCUUUUUUUUUUACAGCACGCCCGCCCAACGCCACUGUAAUUCCGAGCAGCAAUCCCCCCCAAACAUCUGUGGACGCUUUUCUGCAGGGAGAUGGCUGUUUUUCGGCUGUCGUUGCUGCUGCAAGUGGGAUUUGUGAUCGGAUCAAACCAUAAAUACGCGGAAUGGUCAGCGCAUGGGGGAGAUAUCGGAGCACAGGAGGCGAUUUACGGCGCUCAGACGCACCGUCGGCAGCUGGCGCAUCUCCGCGCGCCUCAUCCUCCACCCGGGGAGACGGCGGAGCUGCCGCAGAAAAUCGAGGAGCAUCUCCCCAGGGUGGUCACGGCUUUUCUGCACACGGGGGACUCGACUACCUUAAAGCACGCCAACUGCUCGCGCAGGUACGAGCUCACCUCUCUGCGGGGAAGGUCACAAGCCACUCCGCAUUACUCCAUGAGCAGCGUGCUGGAUACGGUACUGCACGCCACAAACUUCCUCAACAUGAUCUUGCAAGCCAACAGGUCCAGGGAGCACAGCCUCCGGCGAGACAUUGAGUGGUACCAUGCCUUAGUGAGGAGUAUACUGGAGGGAGACGCCAAGAUUCACCGAGCGGUCGUCACUUUUAGCGCGGAUUCGUCCGUGGCAGGGCCCUCGUUGCUUCUCCAAGCCACCAGGGCCGGCGGAGAGAUCGUGCUCCAAGACCUCUCCAGCAUGGCCCACCACCACCUGCACAACCGCACGGUGGACACAGAGUGGUACCAUGAUGUCAAAGACAGGAAGAAGCCCAGUUUCCGUAAGAGGGUGCUAAGCCAAGACAUCAGAUCAGUAGACAAUUCAUUAAGAAGAGGAGAGAGUUUUAUCCCAGACAAGACGCACGUGAAGUGGUCUGCGCCCUACCUCGAGUGUGAAAAUGGGAAUUUUGUUCCCCGUUGGCUUUUGACCUUAUCGGCUGCUUUCUAUGGCCUGAAACCCAACCUGGCUCCUGAAUUCAGGGGCGUGGUGAGAGUGGACAUUAAUCUGCAGGAUGUUGAUAUCGACCAGUGCUCCACUGACGGCUGGUUUGCUGGAACCCAUCGAUGCAACUUGACCACUAUGGAGUGUUUGCCGAUCCACGGUCAUGGAUUUGUCUUGGACAAGUACACGUGCCACUGCAAGAAAGGAUUCUACCACCCCAACAGAGUGGCUGUCAACGGCUUCACACGGAUGGGGAGAAAGGGAAAAGCUGCAGACAGUGGCCCCAAUGCGGACGAGGGGUCCUCCAGCGACUGCCUGCCAUGCCAGCAGGGCUGCGCCUACUGCAAGGACGACACCCCCUGUGUGGCACGAGAAGACGGCGCUCUUCGCUUGGCCGUGCUCUCCUUCCAGUGCCUCUGCAUGCUGAUUGUCUUUGUUAGCAUGAUACUCAUCUAUCACUUUCGCAGGAAUAAGAGUAUCAGAGCAUCAGGUCUAGUCCUACUGGAGGCCAUCCUGUGUGGAGCUCUGCUUCUCUACUUUCCGGUUGGGAUUCUCUAUUUCCAGCCGAGUGUUUUCCGCUGCAUCCUGCUGCGUUGGGUUCGACUGCUGGGUUUCGCCACCGUCUACGGGACACUGACUCUAAAAUUGUACAGGGUGCUGAAGGUGUUCCUCUCCCGCACCGCCCAGAGGAUCCCCUAUAUGACCAGCUGGCGAGUGUUGCGUCUGCUGGGCAUCAUCCUGCUCAUCGUCUGCUGGUUCUUGGUGGCUUGGACAUCUGCCGUCUGUCAGAACCCUGACAGGAAGUUGGCGCUCAUCGAUGUGGGCUACACGCCCGAUGGGCUGCAGUUCAGCAUGUGCCUGCUGGAUCGCUGGGACUACAUGAUGGCUGUCGCUGAGUUCCUCUUCCUGCUGUGGGCAGUGUACCUGUGUUACGCUGUGAGGACGGUGCCGUCAGCAUUCCACGAGCCUCGCUAUAUGGCCAUCGCUGUUCACAACGAACUUGUCCUGACGGCGAUCUUCUAUGUCAUCAGGUUCACUCUCGCUCCGGAGCUCCACCCAGACUGGAUGCUGCUGCUGUUCUUCACCCACACACACCUAACUGUAACAGUAACACUGGGUCUCCUACUCAUCCCGAAGUUCCUGUUUGCUGGCACCCACAUGAGAGAUGAUAUAGCCUCUGAGGCCUAUGAGGACGAGCUGGACAUGGGUCGCUCUGGGUCGUAUCUCAACAGCAGCAUCACAUCAGCGUGGAGUGAACACAGUCUGGACCCUGAGGACAUUCGGACACCAGACGAAAUGGGCCAUCUCAGUUCUAUUAAUGGCUGUGGCGUAAGGUCUUGCGACAGUCUUUGGGAAAAACGUACCAACGAGGAGCUGAAGAAACUCUACUCCCAGCUGGAGAUUUACAAGAGGAAGAAGAUGCUGGCGAACAACCCCCAUCUCCAGAAGAAGCGGAGCUCCAAGAAAGGGCUGGGCCGCUCGCUGAUGAGGCGCAUCACCGAGAUUCCAGAAUCGGUGCACCGGCAAUGCAGCCGUGAAGACAAGGAGGGCGGAGAACAUGGGAGCAACCGCAACAGCAUCUGCAUGUUGAAGAAGAACCCCUUCGAUCCGACUCACCCAGGCAAGCCAGCGAAGGAGGAGACGCUCAAAAACAAGGUUUUCUCCCUUAAGAAGUCCCACAGCAGCUAUGACCACGUCCGAGACCAGAGUGAGGACUCCAACAGCUCAGCAACAGACAAGAUGGAGAUGACCCCGGCUGAAGGCUCCCUCCUGGACACACUUAUGGGCAAGAAACUGGUCAAGAAGAAGUCCAGCGAGAAUAUAAGUGCCCCAAGUGAAUCUACAGAGUCCGUUCCUUUGGUGUGCAAGUCCGCCAGCGCCCAUAACCUCACUGCAGACAAGAAACCCAUUCACCCGCGAGCCUCCAUGCUGCAGAAGUCCCUCAGCGUCAUCGCCAGUGCCAAAGAGAAGACUUUGGGCUUGACAGGAAAGGCCCAGAGCACGGAGGACAGCAAUAAGAAGAGUCAGCCAAAGAGCAAAGACACAAAGGCCAGCGCAGAGCUGGAAAAUGAAAAUGAAAAACCCAAGAUGAUUAUCAGCCAGUCGGUUGAGUACAAACAGACCGCGCCGGUCGGCAGGAUCAUGAAACAGCCGGUGAGCAGUAGCCAGCCGACAAUGUGCUCCGAUCCAGUCACUGGAAAGGACCUGUAUGAUCUGUCCGAAGUGUGCCCCUGGGAGGUGGAGGACCUCCCAACUCCAAAUGAAAACAAGAUCCAAAAACACGUGUCCAUUGCACCAAAGGAAACCACAACGGUGCACGGAGGCAGCACCAAGGGCGGCAGAUCUCAGCAGCAGAAGCAGAAAGCUUCGGAUCAGUCCCCAUCGAGUGGCAAGCAUUUGAAGGAACUCCAGAAGGCGACCGCUGUACGAGCAGAUGUAUGUCCGUGGGAAGAUGGAGGUGAAAGUCAAGGUGGUCAAGUGGAAAGCUCAAAGCAGCAAACAUACAGUCAAGCCACCAAACCUGCGAAACCGCAGCAGCCUAAUUCUACAACAGAGAGCUCCAAAACACAUCGGGUGGAUGUUUGUCCGUGGGACUUCGAAGAGCCUCAAAAGACGACAGAGUUAGCUCCAUCACCGGAUACGAUGUCACAAAGAAAAGGCACCUCUCCUGUGGAUGGGAGAGGGAGAAGUGCCCUCUCAGAUCCACCCAAAGCAGGCUCACUCCAGCCGCCACCUUCAAAAGCCGAUGUCUGUCCCUGGGACUUUGACAGCACUGCCGUGUCUCCAAACUCCGAGAGGACGCCUAGUCCCUCUCGAGCACCCAAAACCAAGGAAUCCCCGUCACAAAAGAAGGGCACCCCUUCCACGAGAACAGUUGAGAAAGAGAAAUCAAAAGAUGCUGAUGAUGAGAAAAGUAGAACAAAAGCAAAGGACAAGAGUAAAUCUUCAGAGAAACACGUGAGCCAGCAAAAAAUGGCCGAGGUAUGCCCGUGGGACGUAGAGAGUCAUCAGGAGGUGCCAGUGGUAGAAAAAAGGAAAAGCGCUAACGUGGGAGCAGCCAAAGCAAAGCCAGCCGAAGUGUGUCCGUGGGAUUUUGAGGAUACGUCAGAUAAAAAAGGUACAGACAAAAGUGCUUCUGUAGUGAAACAGAGCAGUCCAAAUCCUAAAGGCGGAGCUGUGAGUGCUGCCAAAAAGGCGGAUGUUUGUCCCUGGGACUUUGAGGAUAGCACAUCGAGCAAGAAGGCAUGACACUAAAUGGACCACUGAGAUUAUAGUUAUUGAUGUGUACUUUUUUUCACUUUGAAAUCGUUAAAUAUUUACUAUUAGUGCGGUGACUUGGAAGAAAAGUUGAUCAAGUUCCACAAGUUGCCUUCCUUUCCGAGGUUUUGUUCCUGUUUUACCUAUUUUGAAAAUAAGUAAAAUGUACAAAAAAAAAAACAAAAAGUCAUGACGAGCAUUCCAGAUUAUUACGGGAGAUCCUGAAGAUAAAUCUUAGACUAAUUAUGCAACUUUUGAGUCAGCCUUUUCACUUCACGAGCAAUGUUGGAAAAUCUGCAUUUAUCAUGUAUUCAGUCACCUCUUACAUGAUUCUUUUUGUGCAUUAUCAUCACUUGAUGGAUAUGACAUGAGAAAAUUAAGGUCCAUGUACAAAACAGCAAAAGUGAAAGCCAAAGAAUAAGGGAACAUUUGCAAAGAAGGGUGUUGGUUUUAAAGCGGUAAUUUAUUAGUCUGUGCCCAAAUCUUGGCACAGAAGGAAGGACGUCAGUGAGGAAAUCAGUCUAUAGCACUUUAGCCGACUCCAUAAAUUAUGAGGACAGACUUUGUUCUCCUUGUACAUUUUGUCUUCUAAUUUUCAUGGCAUGAUACCACACAGGAUAUCACACACCAACCAAACUUAGUUUUUGUUUAGAUCUAUUUAAUUGUAGUUCUCGGCAGAUUAAAAUGCUUCCAAGUCUGCGGAGGUGUACUGUAUGUGCCUAACUAACUAGCAUUGUCGUGUAUCAGUCUGAAGCAGAGCAAGUGGCUUCUCCUUCAGCACUUUUGUGACGGUGAAUUAUAUAAACAGCAUGCACAGUCAGGUAUCGAGAGUAGUUGGACCCUACCGGGCUGUCAACUACAGCAGUUGACAAAAAUAUAAUGUUUUCUCUUUUUCCUGCUUUCAUGUGUCCAAAAGCUCAUUCAGGGUGAAGAUGAUAUGAGAGCAGCAGUAACAUGAAUGUGUGACAAAACAGCUCAUAUGUACACUGUAAAAAGUAGAGAUAGUUACAUACUGGGGGAAUACUGAGGAAAUAAUCUGCACCAGCUUUGUUAAUGAAUCCAGCAUGGGUCUUUGUGUUGGCUUUCACCAAGUGUGUGUGUGUGUGUCUGUGCACACAAUAUCAUGAAUUUAAAGUGAGAUUGUAAUUCUGUAGUUGAACCUUCUGGAGUUUCAUACAUGAUCACAUCCUGGCAACACUUCAUGUCCUUACACUCCCUCUGUCUCAAACACAAAACUGAAAAGAUGAGAAGAUCACCAAUUUAAUUUAAAAACAGUUGAUACAGUCUACAGCUUAAAGGAUAAUUUUGCUUUAACAGUAGCAUUGUACUCGCUAAAAACCCGACACAGAGGCAACAU